UUCUCCCAAAACCAACUCCCAACAUUUGAACACGUUAUUGAUUCUGUCGGGUUUCUCGCUGAGCGAAAGCCCUUUAACUUGCUACUCGUAUACAUUCUUCUUCUCGAAUACAUAUUUGUCUUUCCCCCGUACACAUAAAUUUAACCUUCUUUCGUCGUCAAUAUGGACAAGAUCAAGGAGAGAAUGGCCGCCCUCCGCCUGGAGGCUGACGAGGCUCAGGCUCAGACGGAGGAGUUUAAGAGCAAGAUCAAGACGCUGGAACAGGAGAACCUGGCGAAGGAACAGGAGAUCACAUCCCUCAACCACCGCAACCAGCUUCUUGAGGGUGAGGUGGAGAAGUUGGAAACCGCUCUCAAGGAGGCCAAGGAUGCUGCCAACCAGAGCGCCCAGCACGACACUCAGAACGAAACCCUUCAGAGACGCUUGCAGCUCUUGGAAGAGGAGCUCGAGAAUGCCGACAAGAAUACCAGGGAGACAGUUGAGAAGCUCCGCCAAACCGAUGUUAAAGCCGGCCACUACGAGCGCAAAGUGCAGGCCCUUGAGUCGUCUCGUGAUGAGUGGGAAAGCAAGUAUGAGGAAAUGGCGAAGAAGUACGCUGAGUUGCAGAAGGAUCUCCACGACUUGGAGGUUUCUAUAAGCAAUGUUUAAGGCUAGGGUUGCCUGCAGAUGCAAUAUUCUGGGAAAACCUCGGCUCGAGCUUUCUUCUAACAUAAUAACUUUUUUGUUCCCUGCGUGUUGCAGAUUACUUCAUUUAGCAUUUGCCAUCAGGAGCCGAAUCCAGUAGCAUCUCUGUCUCCAUCUUGUCAUCCACCUGCCCUCUGCCUAUAUAUCCACUUGCCUACAGUAACAUAGACCAUAAGCAAUGAGAGUCUCCUCGGG